CAUUUAGCAAGACGCGCGCUCGGAGGGCCGGCGGCACCGUUAGGCCACUCUUAUAAAUGUGGAGCCUCCGCCGGCCCGGUUAGUCCGCCGUCCGCAAUGAGAUUAUACGCACUGAUACUGGUCCUGGCCGCGAGCCGCACUGGCGCCCUCCCGCUCAAAUCGGAGCCCACGCACGAGGCCGAGAUCGCGCAAGUGGUACAGCUCGAGGACGCCGAUGCUGAUAAAUUACGCAACGUCCCCGAUGUCAUUCCCGUCGCGAUCGUAGAAGAUACAAUCUCGCCGGUUAAGAUAGACGAAAACUCUAAUGAUUACAUCCCCAGUGACGAUAACCCCAGUCCGAUCAUUAAACGCUUGGAGAUCGAUUUGAGUAACCCAGGACUACCGCAACGGCAGCAACACGAGACGCAGAAUCCCGAAUCUUACAUCGAAAGAGACUCGUUCAUCGCCGACAUUAAGCAAAAGCUUUUGGACACUGAAAAUGUUUUCAAGAAGAGCGUUUCGAAUGUCAAUGAAGGUUUCCAGAACUGGGUAUCAAACAGCGCACAUCUUAAGACGAUCCAAAGUGACAUCAAAGAUAUGCAAAGUAAAUUCCUAACUCAGCUCGAUAACCUCCAACGGUCGGUUCAAAGCUACCUCAAUCCGCAGAGUGCCAAGGCGGUCAUUGUGGACCCCGAAACCGCCGCUAACCUAAAGAAAGUCGAGAGCCACCUAAAAGUCCUAAAAAAUAACUUUGAGGUCGGCGUUCAAACACUCUCUGAAGGUGUUAAAGUUUUGGAAGCUAAGGCAGAUGGGGACGCUGGAGCCGCCGAGAAUCCCACCGGAACUGGCGCGACGAACCCCAACCCUCCCGCCGAGCAAUCUUCUACCAACCCCCUCGGUCAGGUAUUCGAAUUUUUCUCAAAUACAAUGGGACAAGCGAUUACUCAAAUGCAGAAUACAUUCAAUGCUUUCACCAAUCCCUCAAACCAAAACGGCGGGAGCAAUACGGGCAGUCAGCCAUCGUGGAACCCACUUCCAGGAUUAUUUAACCAGCAAAGUUCAACGGCCGCCCCGGCGGGCACGCAGGCCGACGAGGCAACCACUCGCCCGCCGUCCGUCUGGGACAACUUCCAGCUGCAGAUGAGUCAAUUUUUUGGAAGUGAAUCAAACCCGUUCAAUCAGGCUAAUCAAUUCAUUCAAAACUUAAUAAACCAGGUGAGGCCUUCGGCCGCCACACCAGCCGAUACCAAUACAAAGCCUGAGAACGAUCCGGUGGAGCAGAACAGCGCGCCCGUCCCAUCAAAACCCAUCUCGUCACCCCCGGCGCAAGUGCAACCUGCAGUCGCGGCCCAGCCCCAGCCCGAGCCUAUUCAGCCACAAGCCCCGGAGCCCGCGAAAGAGAGUCAGGCGACGCCCCAACCCGGCCCCAUAAGACAAAUGAUACAGAACAAUCCUAUUGUGAAGGGAGUCGUACAGAGAAUACAGAGCAUCUCCAAUCCGGAGAAGCCUAGAGAAAAGCCUGAGGUAGAAUCUGAGCCUGCCAAGCCUGAGAAAGCUUUAGAAUCUGCAAAGCCUGAGGACGCUAUUAAGGAGGAGACAAUCCCAGAAGCCAUUAAGGAGGAGGCAGUCUCGGAGGUCGUUAAGGAGGAGGCACUUCCGGAGAUUAUUAAGGUGGAGGCAAUCCCCGCUACAAAAGGACACGGCGGCGACGGUAACUCUGUCGCGGCGUGGACCACUUUCACCACAUCACUUAUAGGUACGAUAGGGGCUCUCAUCAAUGGCACAACGGCGACAGUUUCCACGGCUGUCAAUAGCGCCAUCAACACAGUAGGCACAAAUCUACAGGGGUUAAUAACGUCAGUGACGGGAUAGCCGUCAAAAAAAUAACCCUCGAGGAAAAGAUUGAGGAAAUCCCGCACAAAUGUCAGAUGGAGAAGAAAGAAGAACUUGCC